CACAGCUCUAAAAGCUACCCGGUACUUUUAUUUCGUACAUUUGUAUUGAUGAUUAACACCGUUCACCAUGCGGCCAUACUUAGAUUUUACAUGAGUGUUCCUUUUUCUUUUGCAAUAUUGAAUUGGAUCGCGCUUUUAUCCCUAACCCGAGUCUCCCGACACCAUGGGUGUUAACGGUCUCUGGACCGUAGUCCAGCCAUGCGCGCGACCCACGAAUCUUGCGACGCUCAAUCGCAAGCGACUCGCCGUCGAUGCCUCCAUCUGGAUUUACCAAUUCCUGAAAGCCGUGCGCGACAAAGAGGGUAACGCCUUGCGUAACUCCCAUGUUGUAGGCUUCUUCCGCCGUAUAUGCAAGCUAUUAUGGUUCGGCAUCCGACCCGUGUUCGUAUUCGACGGUGGCGCCCCCGCGCUAAAGAGACAGACUAUCAGGAGUCGAAAGCAGAGAAGAGAGGGUAGGAGAGAAGAUGCGGUGAGGACUGCGGGAAAGUUGCUCGCGGUGCAGAUGCAGAGGAUGAUAGAGGAGGAGGAUGAGAAGAGAAAGAGGAGAAAAGAGCAGAGAGAACCAGAGAGAGAAGAGCCUACAGAAGAGAUUCCUGAUGCAGAUAAGCUGGUCUAUGUGGAUGAGCUAGGAAUGAGCCAGACCGAACGCCAAAAAAACAGGAAGUUCUACAAGCAGGAUGCAUAUCAUCUACCGGACUUGGACAGUGGUAUUCAUGGUAUGGGCCAGCCAGAUGACCCGCGUAUCAUGAGUAUUGAAGAAUUGGAAGACUAUGCGAGACAGUUCAAUAGCGGCGAGGAUAUCAACGUCUACGAUUUUAGCAAGAUCGACUUUGAGGGCGAGUUUUUCAAAAGUCUGCCACCUGUCGAUAGAUACAACAUCCUAAACGCUGCCAGAAUACGAAGCCGGCUAAGGAUGGGUCUAAGUAAAGAGCAGCUGGACGGCAUGUUCCCUGAUAGGAUGGCAUUUUCGCGAUUCCAGAUCGAAAGAGUGAGAGAGCGGAAUCAUUUGACGCAAAGGCUUAUGCAGGAAGCUGGCAUGACUGGGACUGAUCUCACACUAGCCAAAAACGCACGAAUAGCCGGAGAAAAGGACCGUGAAUACAUCCUCGUAAAGAAUGAUGGGGCUGAAGGUGGAUGGGCCCUGGGUGUUAUCAGCAAAGAGAGGGAUUAUGGUGAGAUGCAUAAACCUAUUGAUGUGGAUGCUCUGGAUUUUCAAUACCAAAACAAGGAAGAGGACGAUGAGUGGGAAGAUGAUGAUUUUGAAGAUGUUCCUAUCGAAGGCGUCAAUCGACUACCGAAAGUCUACUCAGAAUCUCAAGCUAUCAUCGACGACGAUGAAGACUCGUUGUUUGUUGGCGGGAACACUACAAACGACGUUGAUGGUCUCUUUGAGGCACAUGAUGAGGGAGGAAAUCUUCUUGUAGACGACGAGGAAGAGGACCUUAAUCGAGCGAUUGCGCUGUCGCUUCGGAACCAACAUGGAGUAACUUCAAAAGAUCAACAAGAGGUGGAGGAAGAGGAAGAAGAAGCAUUUGAAGAUGUUCCCGUCCCUGAAUGGACACAAAAAGCUGUUGAGCAAUCAAAGCCGAUUUCAUCAACAAGUGGUAGCAUGAUCGCACAUAUCGUGAAUAACAGGGCCAAUGCAGCUGUAUCGAGACCUGCGCCCAGACCUGCACUAGAACGACGAGUCAGUAAUGGAAGCAGCGACAGCGAUAUUGAUCUACGAGCAGCUCUGUCAUCGAAAAGAAAGAAGAAGGUCCCGGUCCUCAAACAAGUUACACCUGCGGUUUCCAACGUGAAAAAUCCAUUUGAUGGACCUCUACCGUUUGAGAAAUUAGACUGGAAAUCUAGCAUUUUCGCAAGAAAAGAUAAGCAGGUGCCUUCGAAAGCCCCUGAGAAAGAGGUCAAUAUGGAACCAAAUUCUGACGAUGAACUUGCUGGCGGCUUCGUACGAGACGAUGAUGAAAGUAUGGCAAAAGAGAGUAAAGCACAAGAGAGCAUCGAUCAUAGAAGCGAGGAAUCCCGUCCACUCCCACCAUGGAUGAUGCAAAAUGAUUCGGACAUCCGUGAUUCCCUCAAAGCUCAGAGAGUAAUUGAAAGUGAAAUCAACGAGCAAGAUCGUGAAGCCGCAUUUGAAGAGGAAAAGUGGCGGCGUAAAGAGGCGAUAAUUGAGAUCGAAUCUUCCGAUGAUGAGAGCGAUGUUCAAAUAAUUGAAGCACCUCCACAACGCAGUCAGAAAACUCCCACACAUGGAGAAAACCGAAGCACAUCACGGCUGUCUCCUGCUACCCUAAUAAAGAUCAACCCUCCGAUCGCUAAUGAAGAAGGCCAAACCGAGGAUACGCGACGCGCAGAUGCUAUACAAGAGCAGACUACUUCCCAAGCCGAGGCAAUGGAUGAAACCGUGGAUGCGGAAUUACCGUCCAAACCGGCUUCACCGGAGCCAGAGUUCGAAGAGGUCGAAAUUAUGCAACCUCCAGACGAGCCCGGCCCUAUCGUCGAUGAUACCGUUGCCGAAGCAGAGUCUCCGGAGCCAGUAUUCGAAGAUGUGGAUGCUGCCGUACCUAAAGCCGUCGAGCAACCCGAUGUAUCGGAAACUAUAGCCGAAGAUGAUGCUAAUGAGGUGAUUUUUGGGGAUGACUUUGAUGAUAAUGAAUUUAGUGACCCCGAGGAAGAAGAGCUACUAGUACAGAUGGCGGAAGAGGCGCAAGAACACGCGCGCUUCGCUAGUCAGCUGAAUCACAAAUCUGAGAAAGAAAAUCAGGAAGCCUAUGAACAAGAACUCAAAGCGUUGCGGUCACAGCAGAAGAAGGACCGGAGAGAUGCAGAUGAAGUCACCCAGGUUAUGAUUACCGAAUGCCAAGCUCUAUUGCGAUUUUUCGGUAUUCCUUACAUAACUGCUCCAAUGGAAGCAGAGGCCCAGUGUGCCGAGCUGGUCAAACUUGGCCUUGUCGACGGCAUAGUCACAGACGAUUCAGAUACCUUCCUCUUCGGCGGCACCCGAGUAUACAAAAACAUGUUCAAUAGUAACAAAUUUGUUGAGUGUUAUCUCGGGUCUGAUCUCGAAAAGGAGCUUUCGCUUUCACGCGAACAGUUGAUAUCACUAGCCCAAUUACUAGGCUCUGAUUACACGGAGGGCCUUCCAGGAGUCGGACCCGUGACUGCGGUCGAGAUCCUCUCCGAGUUCCCCGGCAGGGACGGACUCGCGGAAUUCAAAGAGUGGUGGCAGGACGUCCAGAUCAACAGCCGACCCAAAGAAGCGGACCAGAAGUCGGUGUUCCGGAGAAAGUUUCGGAAGUCGCAGGGUACAAAGCUGUUCCUUCCUCCCGGAUUUCCGAGCCCAGCCGUGUUUGAGGCAUACCUGCAUCCGGAAGUUGACAGCGAUGCAGAACAGUUCCAAUGGGGAGUUCCUGACGUAGCGGGCCUGCGCCAAUUCCUGAUGAGCACAAUUGGAUGGAGCGAGGAUCGCACUGACGAGGUUUUGGUGCCCGUCAUAAGAGAUAUGAAUCGGCGAGAGGCAGAAGGCACACAAAGUAAUAUUACUAGAUACUUUGAAGGAAGCGUUGGCGUGGGUGCUAAGGAGGCAUUUGCCCCAAGGCAGAGAGCCCAAGCAAGCAAGCGUAUGGCACAGGCCGUUAAUAAGCUCCGCGCGAAGGCUGUAGUGGAUGGUAUUCCUGUGGCUGCAGAAGCAGCCGACCUUGCUACCCCCGAGGAGGAGACCCCGGCUCUGCCGUCAGGACGACGGAAGAGGAAGGCUACUAAAACUAUUACGAUUGAUGAUGAUGACGAUGAUGACUAUGCUGAUGGUGAAGUUAAUGGGGUUGAUAAUGGACAGGAUAAGGAUAAUGGGACUGGCGUUCAGAAAGCCGCGGGCAGGCAGAAGGGUAAGGGCGUUAAGAGGGGGAAGAGAGCCAAAGCGUCUGCAUGAAACCCUCAAUUUAAGUAUACCAUCAUGUAGAAGAUAAUUUGACUUGGGCUGAGUUUAGGUAAUUAGUGUCUUGUGGGUUGGAAAUACGAGACAUUGUACAUUUUAAUCAGAGAAUUGAG